AUGCAGAUCGACCGAACAUACUACUUUUCUAGUUUUCUAGAACUACAGGUUGAAACUAGAAAAAGUUUAACAGAGGAAGUAGUCGAACUCAAAAAGAAGUUAAACGAACUUAUUCCCGAGCAGUCACGAAAGGAGCUGGAGCUGAAGCGGCUGGAAGAGGAAUGUUGCGACCUGAAGAAACAGUUAAGCGAAUCGCUGGAGGAAACCGCCACGCUGCAAAAUCAGAUGAAAGAGAAGAUGAACGAAGAGUCUUCUUUGAAAAGUCUAGAAUUAGACAGGCAAGCGGAAGUUGACCGUCUUUUGUCGGACAUUACCAAACUGGAGGCACAACUGACCGAAGAGAGAAACAGGUGGCGAAACCUUCAGGUACGUGUGCCUUCAAUUUGAUU